GGCGCACCAGGCUAGGACGAGGCUCCGUCGAUGAGAACGUGCUGUCCGUUGCGCGUGCGCAGUGUCGGGGGCAAGUCGGGGUUGAGUGGGUAGCCAUGGCGGCACAGUGCUCGGGUUUGGUGCGACGGACUCUCCCGGCGUUCGCCCUCUCGCUCCGGACCUCUUCUAGGCUGCUCUGUACAGCAGCAAAACAGAAAAAUAAUGGCCAGAACUUAGAAGAUGAAUCCAGUCCAAAUGAACAGAAGACAGAUAGUACCUCUGCAGAGAAGACACUAACUGACGAGAAGAUCAAAUUAGAAGAACAACUGAAAGAAACUUUGGAAAAGUACAAACGAGCCUUAGCAGAUACAGAGAACUUGCGGCGACGGAGCCAGAAAUUGGUAGAAGAGGCAAAACUAUAUGGUAUUCAAGGUUUCUGUAAAGAUUUAUUAGAAGUUGCUGACAUUUUGGAAAAGGCUACAGAAAGUGUCCCAAAAGAUGAAAUAAAGGAAGAAAACCCUCAUUUGAAGAACCUGUAUGAGGGUCUUGUUAUGACUGAAGUCCAGAUUCAAAAAGUGUUCAAAAAGCAUGGUUUGCUCAAACUAAAUCCUGUUGGUGCCAAAUUUGAUCCCUAUGAACAUGAAGCCUUGUUCCAUACUCCAGUAGAGGGGAAGGAGCCUGGCACCAUUGCACUAGUAACCAAAGUUGGGUAUAAGCUACAUGGCCGAACCUUGAGACCUGCUUUGGUGGGUGUUGUUAAAGAACCGUAGCCGUCUAACUCUUAACCUACACUUAAAUGCCAUACAGCUAUUAAAUGGAUACUUUCUCCUUCAAACACUUCACAUUUUCUCACUCUUCAUGGAAGGCUUAAAGUAACCAGUGGCUCAACAGAAAAUUCACCCACUCUUGAAAUUGCAUUAUUUAAUGAACUGAAUUAAUUUGGAAGGUCUGCAAAUUGAUUUUAGUGUUGGAUAUUUAAAGAACAGAGCCUCUGAGGCACUCUUGUACUUGUAUAGUAUCUUGAAUAAUGUUUUAUUUGUUAAAAACCCUGGCUACUUAAAAGGUAUGUUCAAUGAAUAAAAUGUCUCCAGGAAUUCUACAGUGUGACUGUCCAAACAGAUCUAUGGGUUUGAUUUUGGGGUUUGGUUUUUUUAACUGUUUCUCAUCCUGGAGUUUUUUUUUUCUUUGAUACUAUGAAAAGGUUAUGAAAAAGCUCUUUGAAAUUUAUAAAAUGACUAGAUGAAACUAGAUUUUCUCUCUGCAACAAAUUUUGUAAUAAUCUUUUAGGGAGAAGUAUACUUAGUUUCCUUGUUUAUAUUUGUGUCUUGCUGCCAAACGUUUUGGCGGCUCCUUUUCCUUGGGAUACAUUGGUAUGUAUGCAGUGCUGUUUAUUCUGAACCAUUAUGUGAACUUCAAAAACUAUUUAAAUAGUAUCUUAAGUACUAUAUGUGAUCCAACUACCACUAAUAAUUUCCCCCAAGAUUUGGAUUUUAUUUCAGACCUUAAGGUAAUAAACCAUUUUUAGUAGU